AUGAUGCCGAUCUACAGGCCUCUGCAACAGAAGAUCGGGAUGCAGCGCUAUUUCUAUAUCCUGUGGGCUUUAUUGCUGACCGUUCAGCAAGGUCAUAUGGCUACUUCCCGGUGGGAGUUCACUAUUGUGUCGGCAUUUUCUCAUAGUAGAAAUAACUGGACACGUUAA